ACCCGGCUUUCUCUUUCCUCGGUGGCUAUUUUCGCACACUUUACCAAAAUAAAAUUGUUAAUAAUAAUAAUUUCGCUUUCGUCUCUCUGUGAAAGUGACCGCCGGCGGUGAGAGACGCUCUGAAAAUUCGCUAGAGAAUAUCAGACUGUUCGGACCAGUGAGUUCAGGAGAGGAUGAAGGUUUUUGUGAAGACUUUGAAGGGAACUCACUUCGAGAUCGAAGUGAAGCCCGAAGACAAGGUUGCUGAUGUGAAGAAAAAUAUAGAAAGUGUACAAGGUGCAGAUGUUUAUCCAGCUGCACAACUGAUGCUUAUUCACCAGGGAAAAGUUCUUAAGGAUGACACAACCCUGGAAGAAAACAAAGUCGCUGAAAACAGUUUUGUUGUUGUCAUGUUGACCAAGAGUAAGGUCUCGUCAAGUGGACCCUCAACUGCUUCAGCUGUGCCAGCAAAUCCGGCCCAACCAACUACAACACCCACUGUAUCAACACAACCACCCACAACAUCUCAGAUUCCUGCACCUGCUGUGGCAACGCCACAGGCUGUACCUGAAUCUACCCCUGCUACACCUCCACCUGUCUCCAGUUCAGGAUCAGAUAUCUAUGGCCAAGCCGCAUCAAAUCUUGUUGCGGGAAGUAAUUUAGAAACUAUCGUUCAACAGAUACUUGAUAUGGGUGGAGGUAGUUGGGACAGAGAAACUGUUCUCCGUGCUCUACGUGCUGCAUAUAACAACCCUGAAAGAGCUGUUGAAUAUCUGUAUUCUGGCAUUCCUGAACAAACUGGAGUUCCACCAGUUUCUCGAGUCCCUGCUGGUGGGCAGCCUGUAAACCCACCAGCCCAGGUUCAACAACCAGCAGCACCCGCACCUGCCAGUGGUCCCAAUGCAAACCCACUGGAUCUUUUUCCUCAGGGCCUUCCAAACAUGGGUUCAAAUGCAAGUGCAGGCACCUUGGAUUUCUUGCGCAACAGUCAACAGUUUCAAGCAUUGCGAGCUAUGGUGCAAGCAAAUCCUCAAAUUUUGCAGCCUAUGCUUCAGGAGCUUGGAAAGCAAAAUCCAGGGCUUAUGAGGCUCAUCCAAGAGCAUCAGGCUGACUUUUUGCGCUUGAUAAAUGAGCCUGUUGAAGGAGGAGAGGGGAACAUACUGGGUCAGUUGGCCUCAGCAAUGCCACAGGCUUUGACUGUGACUCCUGAAGAGAGAGAUGCAAUUGAGCGUCUUGAAGCAAUGGGUUUUGAUCGAGCUCUAGUGUUGGAGGUGUUCUUUGCAUGUAACAAGAACGAGGAAUUGGCAGCCAACUAUCUUUUAGAUCAUAUGCACGAGUUUGAGGAUUGACAUGUGGUCUUUCCCUAUUUCCUCCAUACUUUAGCUUCUAUUUGCGCAUCUGACUUUUCUCUUCCAUGUUGGGUGAAUAUACUUUUGUGGUUAACAGUGUUUUAUACCAAUUAUAUAUUAUGUAGAGUCUUCGGAGCUAACUUGUCUAGAUGUUGAUGUCCCUAAUUUGUCGGCGGACGCCAUAGCAUGCAUUUUCUCAGUUCCUUCUCUUUAACUGUUGAUUAUAUAAUUAUACAUAAUUCUGUGUUGAAUUUAA